GCUUAUCACACUCACGACGGUGUGUUUACAUUCGGGAGUCGCGGUUGGCUGUAAGCUGGUCAAGAUAACGGUGACUAAAAUUAUAUCCUUACGUCUGCAAUUAAAUCACAACAAGAUUGCCUAAUGGCUGGGACAUAUAUAUAUAUCUAGAAGAUAGAAGGAGCUUUCAUCGCAUUUAGGACUUCAGGUAGAAGGUUGUCGACAGUGAACUUCGAUAGCUUUCACAGGUGACACUCAAACAAGAUGGCUGCAAGUGUAGAAAGUGCUGUAAACAGAAAGAAGAGUGAGGAGGUGCAAGUGCGCAUGUCUGUCUUGCCGGACACACCUGAUGGCGAGGAAUUGCUCACCAAUGAACCGUUUGAUCGCCUGAUGUCCACGAACCAAUACAGCGUCCGCAAAAUGGCGUCGCAGGCUUUGAUUGACGUGGCCUUGAUGAUGGCAAACAUCGCACAGCUGCGCACCCUGGUGUCGGGCGGAGAAGAAAUUUCCUACAAGACAUUUCUGUUAGCUCUCGUCGGCUUUUCUCUCGCAAGCCAAAUCGUGUUCGGGAUUUUGAUUUUCAUCAUCUGGGUCCGGGAGUCCGAGGCACAUCACCAAGAAGUCUUUGAGCGCGAGUUAGAAAAGAAACUGCUAAAAGCAGGCGACAGCAAAAAGAACAACGCCGAAUUGAAGCGGCAGUCUGCGGCGCUCCUCAAGGAGCACUUCCGGAAAGAAGUUGUCACCACCCGCCUGAACCACGUGACCAUGAUCCUGGUAUUUCUCAUCACCAUCGCCAACAUGCUUAUCACUGGCUUCGGCAUCCAGCAGACCGGGGUGUCGGUAAAUGGAACCAUGUGCAUGUGACGUCACGGUUGGCACGUGCAAAACCUACAAAAAAAAAAAGAAAAAGAAGACCUAGGGGUAGGAGAUACGAACAGCACUACCUCAGAAGUAUCUCUGUACCUUCGAACCACUUGUUGAGAAUUCCAUGUAUCCCAGAAGGCUGACUUUCCCGUCAAGUGUUGUAGACGUCAAAAGAACUGAUUGAAAAUAUCACUGAAACUUGAUCAGUAUGUACUUGCCAUGCCUAUAAGAAUAGCAUAGAUCAUGUAUACAUACAUCGUACACUCGGUGAAAUGGGUUUCAGUUAAAUUGGUAUCAGUUAUUAUGAUCUGUAAAAAGCAUAUUCAAUUCAAAGGUGUGUAUGUCUGUGUACGCGUGCAAGAAGGCAGAGAGCGAGAGAUAGAACUGAGUGAAAAGAAAAGGAAAAGAACAUGGAGAAGAGAGAGAGAAGAGAGAGAAAUAGGAAUAGAGGACGUGAGAAAAGAAAGGCGAAUGAGGGGCAAAAAUUAAAAAAAAAAACCCAAAAAAGCAAUAGGGGAGAAACAUAUAUUGCCCCCAGAUUGAUCAUUACAUCCUAUUUAUGUUGAAAACUUUUCCUGUGUUAGACAUAUGGUGACGAGUCGGGAAUAUAUGUGUAUGAGCGCGUACUUAAUCAUUUAUUAAUUUAUUUAAUUACUGAUGUCACAUGUGUAGGCACGACUGAUCUCUAAGCUUGGUGGUUUGAAGUUUUCAUUCCUGUGCCAUGCAAGCGGUAAUGAAUUUUUCGUUGUUGUUUUUUUUUAUAAUUUUUGUCCCCUCGCAGCUAUUUGUGGCCAGUGGCAAAUCAUUGUGAUACUAUUCCUGCAUCUGUUGGUUAAUAAAUAAGGCAUCUCCCUUCGCUAUCACUUUCUAAUAAUUAAGUGUUUAAAGAGCACAAUUAGGAUGCAUGAGAAAUGAGUGAAGAGGACUAUCAGAAAUUAACAGGAUGUAAUGUAGUCAGGGAUAAUUAUAAGUAUUUACUACGUUAAUUGUUAUUGGCUGUUUAUCUUUCGAAUGAAUGUUAUACAGAAUUAUAUUAUUGUGGAGUAUC